AUGGGCCGCGUCCGCUGGCGGCGCCGGGCUCGGAGUCAGUCAGGCCUGAGGGCUCCCGGCCCGCCGAGAGAGCGCGGGAAGGGUCGCGGCGGCAGGUGCCCAGAGCCGGAUGGAAAGCCGGUGGACGCGGCGCGUGAGAGGAGCGCAGGAGCCCAGCCCCGCCGAGCGCGCCCGUGCGGCCGAGCAACCCCGACUCCCGUGGCCUGGAGUCCCGCUCGCCCUCUGGAGCCCGGGAAGCCAGGACCAUGUCCGCCCGCGGGCAAACGGCGGUGGCCAUGGACCUGGGCGCCACGACCUGGGCGCGGGCGGGUGGAGAACCUCUCCAACGACCCUCGCAACCGCACCACGCCCAGCUGCGGGGCCUCCAUCGCCCGGGUCCAGGCGGCCCUGAACGCACAACACAACAUGGCGUUCGACGCCGAGCGGCUCAUAGGCCGCAGGUGCACGGACGUGACCGGGCGGUUGGACCUAAAUCACUGGCCCUUUCAGGUGGUGAGCAAGGGCGGCCAGCUCAAGGUGCUAGUUUCCCACCGCAGGGAGGACAAGACCGUGCACCCCGAGGAGAUCUUGGCCAUGGUGCUAGGCGGGAUGAGGGAGACGGCCGAGGAGUACCUGGGCCAGCCCCUGAGGCACGCUGCGAUCAUGGAGCCCGCCUACCUCGACGCCGCGCAGCGCCAGGCCACCGAGGACGCGGGUGCCAUCGCAGGCCUCAGCGUACUAAGGAUCAUCCACGGGCCCACUGCGGCCGCCAUCGCCUAGGGGCUGCACCAGCAAAGCGCUGCGGAGCGCAACCUUCGGAGCGCACUUCUCGCUUUUGACCUGGCUGGGGGCGCUUUCGACGUGCCGGUCCUCACUACCCACUCUGGUGUCUUUGAGCGGAAGGCCAGGGCCGGAGACACGCACCUGGGUGGUGACCACUUAGAGGCAGAGUUUCCGCAGAAAGCACGGGAGGAUGUGAGCGCCAGCAAGUGUACCAAGCGCACCCUGCCCUCCACCGCCCAGGCCGCCCGGGAGAGCUACUCGCUGUUGGAGGGCGUGGGCUUGCAUGCGUCCAUCAGUCAGGCCCGCUUAGAGAUGUCGGACCUCUUCCGCAGCACCCUGGAGCCCGUGGAGCAGGCCCUGUGGGAAGCCAGGCCGGACAAGGCCCAGAUCCAAGACCCCAUCCUGGUGGGUGGUUCCACCCGCAUCCCCAAGCUGCUUCAGGAAUUCUUCAACUGUCAGGGCCUGAACAAGAGCGCCAACCCCAGUGAGGCCCUGGCCUACAGGCUGCUGCUGAAUGUGGCCCCCCUGCCCUUGGGGUUGGAGACAGCAGGUGGGGUGAUGACCAUGCUGAUCACCAUCCCCACCAAGCAAACCCAGGCCUUCACCACCUACCCUGCAACCAGCCUUGGGCUCCUGAUCCGGGUGUGUGAGGGUGAGAGAGCCAUGACCAGCGACAGCAACCUGCUGGGGGCGCCCUGAGCUCCUGGCAUCUCUCCUGCCGCACGUGGACCCCUCCCCCCCCCCCAGUUUGAGGUGACCUUUGACCUUGAUGCCAACGGCAUCCUGAGUGUCCUGGCCACUGGCACAGGCAAGGCGAACAAGAGUACCAUCACCAAUGACAGGGGCCAGCUGAGCCAAGAGGAGGUGGAGGGGAUGGUGGGUCAGGCUGAGCAGUACAAAGCAGAGGAUGAGGCUCCAAGCAUGACCGCCAAAAAUUCCCAGGAGGCCUACGUCUUCCAGGAAAGGGCUCCUUUGGAGAUGAAAGCCCAAGAGGGCAAGAUUCCCGAAGAGGGCCGGCUGCAAGUGCAAGACAAGUGUCAGGAAGUCCUCGCCUGGCUGACCAGCCAGCCGUAAGAGAGGGAGGUGCGUGAGCAUCAGAAGAGGGAGCUGGGGCCAGUGUGUUGCCCCACCUUCUCUAGGCUCUGGGGUGGGACUGGCACCCCUGGGGACAGCAGUUGUAGGGCUCCAGUGUGCCAGGGGCGGCCCAGUCCUGGCCCUGUUAUGGAGGAGGUAGACCGAAUGCCCCCUCAGGAUAAGUCCGCUCUGGCUGUAGCCUUCAUCUUCCGCUGCCCGUAA